AUGCUUAUUAGACAAUUGAGAUUCCAGAAAUUUAAUUCUUAUACACCCUUUUUAAAGUCCUACGUGAAAACGGUAAGAAUCAUGUCUACGUUUGAUAUCAAAUUCCAAGGCAAGCAGGUUCCUGUGAAGGUUCCUGAACAAUUGUCAGUUGCCAAAUCUGAAUUAUUGGAGUUCCGACCAUUUACAUCAUGGAUCAGGAACUUGGAAAACUCAGUCUCUAAGCACUCGUCAUCUAAGUUUGUAUUGAGAAAUAUCGAGAUUCAGUCUGUGGACAAGUUUUCAAAAGGCAAAGUAGGCUUUGUCAAACUAAAAGCUGAUUUCCUCCAUCCUAAUGGCAAACCCCUACCAGGUAUAGCUGUAUUACGAGGUGGUACUACUGGAAUGCUUGUUGUACUUACUGCAAAGGGAAAGGGGGAUUCGGAAAAGUAUGUGCUCCUGGUUUCGCAACCAAGAGUUGCAGCAGGGUCAAUUGACUUAGUUGAAUUGCCAGCAGGGAUGAUUGACGAUGGCACAUUUGCAGGUGCUGCAGCAAAGGAAUUGGAGGAAGAAUGUGGUAUUAAAAUUGAAGAAUCAGAUUUGGUGAAUCUAUUACCGAGUUCAGAUGAUAGCAUUUUACUGAGCCCAGGGCUACUCGAUGAAGAAAUAAAAUUCUUUUUAUAUCAUAAAGAGAUGCCGCUUGAUGAAAUCAAAGCCCUUGAAGGGAAACUAAUGGGAAAUCAUGGCCAUUCAUCCGAAAAUGAAGUUAUUACCUUGCGCUUGUUAAAAUUCCAAGAUGCUGAGCAAUAUACUCGUGAUGCCAAGCUCAUUAUAGCACUAAGUUUGUAUAACCGACACAAGAGAGCUCAGGAACAGUAG